UAGCAGACCACAAGAAAACCGGAAAAUUACGUAAAACAGUACACUUGUGUUAUACCAUAAUGGGAAGCAGAGUGUAACAGUAAUGACUCGCGCACAGGCACACUUACAGGUGUUGACAAUAUAAUGCUUAUUAUUUCUUGUUCCAAAACAAUAAAGGAACAACCAACACACUAGACUAAAUAAUAGCCACCAAAAUAUUAAAUGUAGAUAAGAACGCAUUAGGAACGUGUACCAAACAGGCUUUAAGUUUACAACGAUGAAAAUUCGUUUCAAAAUCGUAAAUUAAAUUGUGUGUAUAUUAUGUAUCUUGAUUAAUUUUUAACGACUGAAGACAAUUUCUCGCUUUGUGAGAUUAGUAGUUAAUGAUCGGCAAAACGCUCUUAUACACAUGAGGUCCCUAACCUUUUUCUCUCUUCUCACAUUUGUUCUUUAUGCGAUCACGCUUGCAUAAUAUAUACAGUUUCGGUUUUACUUCAGUGCAAGAACAGACGGUACUUUUUAACUGCAUGGAAUACAAUUUUUGCUCACAGCUCUAAGUGUUCAGAAAUUUAAGAUGGGCUUACAAAGGACGUGUAUUAAUGUACGAGGGUUCACCGCAUGGCUCGCAUGUAUUUUCUUCGGAGAGGUGCUGGCAGGUACUUACACACGGAGCGUACUAACAUCGAUUGAGCGACGUUUUGAACUCCCCAGCACUAUAACUGCCUUUAUUGCUUCAAGCUAUCAAAUUGGCAACUUAACUGUGAUGAUUCUUGUCAGUUACUUGGGUAGUCGAGUGCACAGACCUCGCUUUUUAGCCCUCGGCAGUCUUCUGUUGUUCACCGGGUACAUGUUAGUCGUCUUGCCGCAGUUUCUCGGCGGUUUGUACGAAUUCACAGAUAUAUCAACCAUUACGUCUAAUUCGACCGAAAGUUUUACUUGCACAGCGACUGAUCGAACCAUACCUACGGCUGAGGCAUGUGAGGAUGAUGAACAGACAGCAAAAUCGAAUCUUUACAUACUAAUCAUUGUCGGCAUCGUGGUGUGCGGCAUUGGGGGAGCGCCCACACAACCACUCGGCUUGUCAUACGUAGAUGAUCAUUCUGCUGAACACAACUCAGCACUUUAUAUAGGUAUAAUCACAACUAUUGCUUUGGUUGGACCAGCAUUUGGGUACGUGAUGGGUUCAUUUUUUCUAAAGAUCUGGGUGGACGUCGGUUGGGUUGAUCUUGAGUCGAUCAAUAUAACUCCGCGGCACCAGUCAUGGGUUGGGGCUUGGUGGCUUGGUUUUAUUGUGUGCGCUGUUGUGGUCGGUGUUGCUGGUAUCCCACUGUGGUUCUACCCGAGCAAGCUGGAUUUAGUGGAAAAGGAUACAACUGACGCGAAUGAGGAUGAAUCAAAGAAAUUGGCACCUUCGAAAAAUCAAGUUGAAGAACCAAAAGACGAAGAACUUAACUUGAAAGGUAUUGGACCAGCACUCGUCCGGCUAUUCACAAACCCUCAGUACGUUUUAACGAUCGUCAUAUUUACUACUGUUGGUUUUAAGAUCGCUGGCAUCGGAACCUUUAUAGUAAAGUAUCUUGAAGUCGGAUUUGGCAAGUCAGCAGCGCAAGGAAGUUUUUUGAUAGGAGCUAUCAAUUUACCAUUCUUGAUCGUUGGGACUCUGUUGGGAAGCAUUAUCAUUAAAAAAUGGCACUUGGAAAAAGUUGGGAUCGUCCGUUUGACCUUGUUCGGAUUUACCUUAUCAUUCCUAUGUCUGCUUCCAACGUUUUUUAUUGGUUGCGAUACGAUCUCCCACGCAGGGUUAACAAUGCCGUAUCCUUCAAGCAGUCAGGAUAUAGGUUCUGCGGAGAACAGCUGUAACUCAAUGUGUCACUGCAAUCCUACUAUGUACACUCCAGUAUGCGGUCCAGACAACAUAACAUAUGUUUCUCCGUGUUAUGCUGGUUGCACCGAGUCUUUUUCUGCGACUGGGAAAAAGGAAUAUACAUCAUGUUCAUGUCUCGGAUCCAAUAGUACGGAUUUUAAAAUGACAGUUGGUCGGUGUUCAGUGAGUAACUGCGAGGACGACAUCUGGUAUGUUAUUGUAAGCAAGUCGUUGGCAAACUUCUUCAGUGGUUUGGUCAUUACCGGUAUCAUGAUAUUGAAGUUAAGGUGUGUUUCGCCACAAGACAAAUCAUUUGGAAUAGGAAUUGGAUUACUGGUAUAUCGACUGUUAGCUGCAGUUCCAAGUCCCAUUAUAUUUGGAUCUGUAAUUGACAAUUCUUGCUUGUUUUGGAGCCAAAAGCCAUGUAGCAACAGGCAUUACUGCACCGUGUAUGACAACCACCGUUAUCGUAGAGGCUUCGUUGGCUUGAUUCUUAUAGCUCAAGCAGUGGCAAUUGUAGCUGCGCUUUUCUUACACAGACUUGUAAUGAAAGAGCGAGGAGAAUAUACGAUCCAGCAUAAAAACGAAGAAAAGAAAAUGGUUACUAGUCUUAGUGACGAAGAAACAGAAGAAGACUUUUUCGGGAAAGAAACUGUAGUUUAAUAUUCGUUUAAACUUUUGUUUUGCAUUUUUCUUGACUCGCCUCGUUGCCUAAAAUCAGUGUAAUGAAUUUUACUGUGACAAAUGUGUCCAGCACUUGAUUUGUAUUUGAAUGUAAUUAUUUCCUUUUAUCGCUCUAUAUACCUUACACACUUUGUUUGCUUAAUUAAACUGAAAAUACAUAGUCAUCGUGACUAUAAUACAUUCUGUUGUAUCAUU